CAUAAAACAAAAAAAGAAAAGAAAGUAAUGCAAGCUAUAAGUAUACACACCACCUCUCUUUAACCCACUCAACCAUCAAAACCCAACUCACUCAAGCUACACAACUAGCUAACUAGCCAUGGCUGUGACUCAGAGACCCUUUUCUCAACUAGCCAUUGCCCUCAUCCUCUUCGUUUCCUUUGCCCAAGGGCUGAACCAGAAGUACCCCAGGUGCGACACCCCGGACCAGGGCUCGGACCUCCAAGUUUUCCACGUGUUCAGCCCCUGCUCGCCGUUCAGGCCAGCAAAGCCACUCUCGUGGGAGGAGAGUGUGCUCCAAAUGCUGGCCAAGGACCAGGCCAGGGUCCAGUACUUGUCCAGCAUGGUGGCAAGGAAAUCUGUCGUGCCGAUUGCCUCCGGCCGGCAGAUCACGCAGAAUCCCACGUAUAUUGUGAGGGCUAAGAUUGGUACGCCGGCUCAGACGCUGCUCUUGGCCAUGGAUACCAGCAAUGAUGCCGCCUGGGUGCCCUGCUCCGGCUGUGUAGGCUGCUCAUCCACUCUGUUUGCCUCUGAGAAGUCCACCUCCUACAAGACCCUUGGUUGCCAGGCACCCCAGUGCAAGCAGGUACCCAACCCAUCUUGCAACGGCCCCGUGUGCGGUUUCAACAUAACCUACGGCAGCUCAUCCGUGGCGGCUAACCUAGUUGUGGACAAUAUCACCCUAGCCACUGACUCAGUCCCUCGCUACACCUUUGGCUGCAUACAAAAGGCCACCGGCAGCUCAGUGCCUCCCCAAGGGCUAUUGGGCUUGGGCCGAGGCCCACUUUCACUUCUAUCCCAGACCCAAAACCUCUACCAAUCCACAUUUUCAUACUGCUUGCCUAGCUUCAAGUCCCCUAACUUCUCUGGUUCCUUGAGGCUUGGUCCUGUUGGGCAGCCAAAGAGGAUCAAGUACACCCCCUUGCUCAAAAACCCUAGAAGAUCAUCAUUGUAUUAUGUCAACUUGGUUGCGAUUAGGGUUGGUCGGAAAAUUGUUGACAUUCCACCAAGUGCAUUGGCGUUCAAUCCCGCAACAGGAGCAGGGACCGUCAUUGAUUCAGGCACUGUCUUCACACGGCUGGUGACACCGGCGUACGAGGCUGUGCGAAACGAGUUCCGCCGCCGAGUCGGGAGUGCAGUAGUGACGUCUCUAGGCGGCUUCGACACGUGCUACUCGGUCCCAAUUGUUGCACCCACAAUAACGUUGAUGUUCACAGGCAUGAAUGUGACACUGCCAGCAGACAACCUGCUUAUCCACAGCUCAGUGGGCAGCACCACAUGCCUAGCCAUGGCAGCCGCACCAGACAACGUGAACUCUGUGCUGAACGUGAUAGCGAACAUGCAGCAGCAGAACCACCGGGUGCUUUUCGAUGUGCCCAACUCCAGGCUCGGCGUGGCCCGUGAACUCUGCACCUAAUUUUGUUGUCUUGUUUGGGAAAAGGGGGGUGUCACGGGAGGAAUCUCUGUAGCUGUCUAUGUCUUUUUUAUUUUAUCUCAAGUUUGAAUUGUUGAUGAUUACUUUAGUGGGUCGUAUCAUGUCACGGGUUUGUUGUCAAAUUAUUUUUGCUUCUGCUCUGAAAAAAAAAAAAAACAAAAAAAAAUUUCAAAAUAAAUAAAGAUGGAUAAAUGUCAUGUUUGUGUCA